CGGAGCAGAGGGGUGGAGCAGAGGAGCAGCGAAAGGAAGGAGGAGGAGGAGUAGAAGGAUCUGAAGAAAAAGUUUGAAAGGAGACUUUUCAGUGGCCGGCCCGGUGCAAAAGAAGGAGUAAGAGGAGGCUGAAAUUGAAGACACACACGGUGUUGAAGUUUGUGUUUGAGCGUGGAUUUUACGCGUCUUGGUGCCGGGGAGCCGCUGGGCACGCGCCUGCUCCUGUGUGUCUGUGGGUGGAUUAGAUGCGUUUGACUUCACGAUGAGGAGCGACCCUGUUCUGUUCACUUCCAGCAGGGCGAUGGAGGAGCUGGUGUGUGAGCUCCGUCUGUUCCUGGACCUGCUGGACAGAGAGUACCUGAGCGCUGGGGUACGAGAGAGGAAGCUGCACCUGUCCAACAUCCUGCACAGAGUCCUCUCAGAUAAAGAGCCGUCUUUCAAAUCAGAGAUCCACAGCGGUCUGCCGGCCCCGCCUCAGAUGCCCCUCCCUGCAAUCCCUCAUCCUUGGCUGCCUCCAAACAGCGGCCCUCCUCCUCUGCCCAGCUCGUCUCUCCCAGAAGGAUACUACGAAGAAGCCGUUCCUUUGAGUCCUGGAAAGGCGCCUGAGUACAUCACCUCCAACUAUGACUCAGAUGCCAUGAGCAGCUCCUAUGAGUCUUACGAUGAGGAAGAGGAGGACGGGAAGGGACAGAAGAUGCGUCACCAGUGGCCGUCUGAAGAGGCGUCCAUGGAUCUGGUGAAGGACGCUCGGAUCUGUGCGUUCCUACUGCGCAAGAAACGCUUCGGCCAGUGGACCAAACUCCUCUGUGUCAUCAAAGAUAACAAACUGCUGUGUUACAAGUCCUCCAAAGACCACACCCCACAGAUGGAGCUGACCCUGUCAGGCUGCAGCAUAAAUCACAUCCCUAAAGACGGCAAGAAAAAGAAGCACGAGCUGAAAAUCGUCCACCAGGGGGCAGACGCUCUGGUUCUGGCUGUGCAGAGCAAAGAACAGGCCGAGGAGUGGCUGAAGGUGAUGAGAGAGGUGUGUGCUAAUGGGAGUGUUGACUUGGAUGGAGCUGGAUCUGGAUCACCGGUGCACAAACCGGAACUGGAAAAGAAGACAUCGUGUGACAGACCGAGCUCAGACGGUGAGGCGCCUCAUGAGAAUGGACACAGCGACUCUAAGGACCAAGGAAAAGGAAAGAAGAACUCAAAGUCAGAGCAGAAGAGCGGCACGGUGGGGAAGGGAGCGGGGAAGAAGAUCACUAAAAUCAUCGGGCUGGGUAAGAAGAAGCCGUCCACGGAUGAGCAGACCUCAUCAGCAGAAGAGGACGUGCCCACCUCUGGCUACCUGAACGUUUUGUCCAACAACCGCUGGCGGGAGCGCUGGUGCCGCCUGAAAGACAACCAGCUGCUCCUCCACAAGGACCGCGAUGACCUGAAGAGCCACAUCGCCUCCCUGCCCCUCAGAGGCUGUGAGGUCAGCCCUGGUCUGGACCACAAACACCCCUUCGCCUUCCGCCUGCUGCGUAAUGGCCAGGAGGUGGCAGUGCUGGAGGCGUCCUCCUCAGAGAUGAUGGGUCGCUGGUUAGGGGUUUUGUUGGCUGAGACUGGCUCCACCACCGACCCAGCCACCCUGCACUAUGACUACAUUGAUGUUGAGACCACCGCCAACGUCAUCCAGCUGGCCAAGCAGUCCUUCUGUUUCACCAGUAAGCGUGCAGUCUCUCCCAACCCAUACCUGGACAACCCUGUUAACGGCUACGCAUGCCCCACUGGCAUGGCUCUGCACUAUGACGAUGUGCCCAUUAACGGAACGCUGAAGGGAAAGAAGGGAGCGUCGACCAAUGGGGUGGCUUCAAAACAGAAGGGUGACCAGAAGAACCAGUCCAAAAAGAACGGCGUCAACGGGAUGAAUGGGACGGCUUCGCUUAAACGCAACACCUCCAAUGCAGAUCAGGUUAAGUAUGGGAAGAACCGUGUGGAGGCUGAUGCCAAGCGGCUGCAGUCCAAGGAGGAAGAGCUGAUGAAGAAGAAGCAGGAGAUCAGGAACCAUCUGACCCAGCGGAAGAAGGAGAGGAUAGAUCUGCGCACUGCUGUGGAAGCUGCUGCAGGUAAACGUUCUCAUGCCUCGCUGUCAGAGCGCCUGAAGAAGGUGGAGGAGGACUGCAGGAUGAAGGAGGAGGAGCGGGUGAACCUUGAACUGGAGCUGACGGAGGUGAAGGAGAGUUUGAAGAAAGCUCUUAGCGGUGGUGUCACUCUGGGCCUCACCAUUGAACCCAAAACCGGCUCCUCUGGACUCCAGUCGCCAUCCAUGAUGCGACGGACCCAGGGCUCCUCUCCCUUCUCCAGCUGUGACACUAGUGACACAGAGUCCUGCUCCCUGCCCGUCAACAGUGCCUCCCUGCUCCGCCGGCAGCAGGGCGGCCAGAAGCCCUCACCAGUCCGGGGACACGUGCUGAGGAAGGCCAAGGAAUGGGAGCAGAAGAGCGGCACAUAAAGGAGCCACGCCCUCACUCCAGUCUCACUUUUAUUUCUUUGUUUCUUUGGAAGAAAUUGUGUAUAUAUUUAUUUAAAACUGUUCAUACAGUGUGAGAGUGUUGAUAGAUGAGGACACAAGCAUAGCAUUCACAAGUAGCUGGUUUUAGCAUCCCAUCAUUGCCUCAACAUACCGCAACUUUUUACACUUUUUUACUCUCGAGCAUGCUCAGAAUACUACAUUGUGCAACUUGUGUUGUCUGCUGUACUCUUUUCAAGCAACCACCUUUCUUUCUUUUCUUUCAAACAGGUUAAAACCAAGUAUUUAUUUGUAAAUCUUUAAAGGAAAUACUAGCUUCCCUUUGUUUAUUUAUGUUGAUAUAUUUAAAGUUUUUUUUUUUUCUUUAAAAUGUGUGGUGCUCCACAGAAUACCAUUCCCCACGCCAUAAAAUGGUUCUCAUACAGCAGAUCGCGUGCAUGUGCACAAGUCCAGAAUAACCAUUACUAACACCAGAUGAGGAACAACACUCUGCUCACAGGGACAUUUUAAAAAGCAAAAUUACCCUCAAGCUCUUUUAAAUCUGGAGCAGCAAAUGUUUGCAGGCUGCAUUAAACUAGAAGGUCAAAUAACAGUCCAAUUCAAGAAAUUGGUCCAGGUUCUAGUAAGUUAACUUCAAGAAACAACUUUCAAACAAAUGUGUUUCUCAAGAGACAUCAAUCAAGAAAUAUUAGCACAUGGCUGCCAAAGAUAGCAUGUCCAAGUGUCUCUUGGCCGGCUACGAUGCUUUGACCGGUUGAUUGUUCUGGCACGUCCUCCUCAGACGUCCUUUUUGUGACAUUGACACAGCUACAGGUGUCCACCUCAGCUGCCACCUCUUAACAGCCAGAGAGGCCCGUCCUCCUGUAGGUCUGUAGCCAUACAAUACAAUCGUUCAGCAUGGUGUUUCUGUAACAUCGCCACCUGAAGUGAAAACCUCAAACCCUAAAUUAGCCAGGAACAAUUCCAAAAACAUACUGGUCAUUUACACACAUCAAAUCACCCAGUACAGCUCUGACAAUGCUGUUCCUGAGCUAUGAUAUGCUAACUGUAAAUGCUAAGUACUUUUGCUUCUUUAAAAAGUCCUGUAACGUGAUUAUGUAUGGUUUCGGAUUAUGCCAUAGGAGAACUUGGGUGUGCGCUAGCUGGUCAGGCAAGAACAUGGCUGCCUUCAGAUUUGGUGCUAGUUCUGUGCAAACUCCAGAAUCUCAACCACAUGGUUAACGUUAGUCCCUCAUCCAAAAGCCUGAGUCCAGCUCCUGUUAUCAUGCCACUACUUUACUGUAGCCUGGUGAUCUGUGUGUGAGCUCAGUGUCUCCAAAGCACAUUUUAAAUCCAUCAUCAAUACAAUGACUGAAGAAGACGCACUUGCUAUACGUUCAAAUGUGCUGUUCAGACCAUUUCACUUAAACACACAAGCAUUCCAUCAACGUCACAUUACUACGGUGCUUUAUGUUACACUGCUUUUACUUUCCUAACAUGUUGAUACUGCUAAGUAUUCAUGCAUAGACUGCAUAUAAGAAGUGGCCGUAACAACUGUUGCCACUUUGUUUUCUGCAAUCUUAAGUUUAAAAAAACGUGUCCAUCAGAGUGGAUGCUUGGUGCUUUACCUUUAUCCAAUGUCAGGUCCAUAGUCUGUAUGGGAAGUUUCCUGGUUUCUAUUUCUUUUAUAUAUAUAUAUAUAUAUAAUAUUUUGGGGGGGGGGGUUGCCUUCAUUUGAUAGGACAG